GCACAUACAAACCUUAACUAAAUCAGAAUUUUACUUUGUUUCUCUGUAGUAAAAACACACAAAGUGUGUAUAGAUGAAGUACAAAGAGCACAGAAGAGUUUCAGUGUGGUUUGUAAUGACCUUCAGUGGUAUAUUUUGAAUAAGGCUCAUAUAUCUGGCGGUUGUGUGGGUUAUUAUGCGUUGUUUUUCAGAUUAGCUGUGUGCGGGUGUGAUGGAGUCGUCAGGCCCGAGCACAGCCGCUCCAGAGUUUGACGUGUACGGGGCGAUGGACUGGAAAGACGGAGUAGGAACACUGCCUGGCAGCGAGCUCAAGUUCCGGGUGAAUGAGUUUGGGGUCCUGGAGGUCAUAACGGACGAGAUGGAGGAGGAGAGGGGCAAGAAAGCUCACGCCACCACCACAUGGAGCGUCCCCACUGCACAAGAGGCUCUCUCUGAGGGGCCAGUCUCAAAGGAGACGGCGUGGGCUCAGCGAGGCCUGGUGUGUGUCCGCUGUAACAGGAAGGGCUCCGUGGUGGACUUCCUGUCUGACGGGCUUCACUGCAGCGAGCGCUGUCUGCAGCAGGAGCAGCAAGAAGAGCUGAAGAGAGAAGGCUGCAGAACAAACGGAGAGGCGCUCGGGAGGAAGAGACUCACUGAAGACAUGGACAGCUCGAUGGAGAUCGCCGAGGAGGACGAUGAAGACUACGAAGAGAAAGAAAGCAGGCGACCGGCACGUGGGGCGACGAGAGGCCGCAAGAAACGCAGAGGAGACGCAGCGCUGCUCAGAUACACGGUUCCGUACGGAGGCAAGAAGAAGGCGUGGUGUUGGGCCUCGUACCUGGAGCAGGAGAGAGCCGUCGCUGCCCCCAGUAAACUCUUCAAAGAGUAUCAGUCAUUUCCACAGUGUAAGAAUGGCUUUAGGGUUGGCAUGAGACUGGAGGGUAUCGACUCUGAACACCCUUCCAUGUACUGCGUCCUUACCAUCGCUGAGGUGUUAGGACAUCGAAUCAGACUGCAUUUUGAUAAGUAUUCAGACUGCUAUGACUUCUGGGUAAAUUCCAGCUCUCCUGACAUUCACCCAGUGGGAUGGUGCGAGAAAACCGGACACAAGUUGCAUCCACCGAAAGGGAUGAAGGAUGAAGAGUUCAGCUGGUCCUCCUACUUCAAACUAAAUAAAAUACAGACCGCACCCAAAGCCCUGUUUCAGAACCAGAACAUGACCGUGACGCCGUCAGGGUUUAGGGUCGGUAUGAAGCUGGAGGCCAUCGAUAAGAAGAAUCCCUCGUUCAUCUGCGUCGCCACGAUUACAGACAUGGUGGAGAGUCGAUUCCUGGUGCACUUUGACAACUGGGAUGAAAGUUAUGACUACUGGUGUGAUGCAACAAGUCUUUAUAUCCAUCCGGUUGGCUGGUGUCAAGAGAACGGCAGGACCCUCACCACCCCUCCAGGUGACAAUAUGAAGUUGGAGGUGGUCGACAAGAGGAAUCCUGCUCUGAUCCGAGUGGCCACAGUGGUUCAUACGGAUGACCAUCGACUGCGGGUCCAUUUUGAUGGCUGGACAGAAGAAUAUGAUUACUGGAUCGAUGCAGACAGCCCAGAUAUUCAUCCUGCCGGGUGGUGCGCCAAAACCGGACAUCCACUGCAGCCGCCCAUCACUCCUCGGGACAUGUUUGAGACGUCUGAGCAGGGCGGCUGUCCCACGCCAGGCUGUAAGGGAGUGGGUCACAUCAAAGGAGCCCGCUACUCUGGACACCACAGUGCCGUGGGUUGCCCGUAUUCUGACAUCAACCUGAAUAAGGACUCGGUUCUGCCGGAUCGCUUGAGCGGAGAGAUGCCGGGAAGCGGAGUGGGUCGGCCACGCAGAGCAGAACCAAGCGCAGAGAUUUCAGCUGACGCUAAUGACAAACCCGUCACCUCUGCCCCAUCACACCCGGAGAAACCCAGCACGGCAAGCGCUGCCAUGGAAACGCCGCCAAAGAAGCCCGUUGGCACGGAGACCAAGCGAAGGGUUGGUCGGCCCUGUAAAGUUCGGAAGGUCGAGGAGCUGCCGCAGGAAGAGGAAGUGGAGAGUGAGGUGUCAUCAGUCACCGAAACCAAAGAGCUGACUCUACAGCAGGCUUUGCACCAGUCUGUAUUCAUGCCAUGUUCCAGCCCAUCUCCCAGCAUGCCUCACUGCUGGGAUCAGCACAGCAAGCUCCUUCCAACAGUGGCUGGCAUCACGGCCAGUAAAGUGGCAGCGUGGAGCGUGGAUGAGGUGAUCGAGUUUAUCCAAGGACUUCCAGGCUGCAAGGAGCAAGUGCGCACCUUCAGAGAGGAGCACAUUGAUGGCGAGGCCUUCCUGUUAUUGACUCAGGUGGACCUGGUGAAGAUCCUCAGCAUUAAACUAGGGCCGGCUCUCAAAAUAUACAACUCCAUACUAAUGUUUAAGACCACAGAAAACUCUGCCUGUAACGAACUCUGACCAGACAGACCGACAGCCAAGAGUUCAGAACUGCUUCAGUCAAAGGGCUCAUCAUGAAGAUUCAUACAGUACACACCACACUAUUAUGCAUGACCAACACGAUGUAGAUAAUGUCCGAAUGAGCAGGAUAAACACAUAUAAUGACAUUCAGAAUUCAUUCAGACAGACAGCACAAGAACGUCUCUGCGCUGUCAGUAAUAAUCAUAUUUGUACGCACUUAUUAACUCACAUGAUGAUUUCAUGUAGUCCCCUUUCAUCAUAGUGUCGGGGAGAAUGUAUAUUUUACUGAGGAGUUAUGGGAGCUAAAUUCAGGUGCUAAACGAAUGCAGUUACAUGCACUGAAGAGCCGCACAAUGUCUGCUUUUGACUCUCGUUGUUUCCGUUACAACUCCUUUAAUUCAUAGCUGUAGAUAAUUUAAGUGUUUGGAAAGGGUUCUGGAUGGAGGACUAGCAGAAUGGGGUUUGAAUAUCAGAGCAUUAGAUAAACACACGGAUCCUCUUUGAUUGUUUGUUUCCAGUGUGCUGUGAUGCCAUAUUAAUGCAUCAUGCCACAGUCCUUCAUUACGGUUACAGUCAUGGAUUUUAUGAGUGGAGACUAAAGUAGUAGGGUAGUGCUCUUUCUUUAUUUGUUUUGAUACAAUGGAUGUAGAAAUGGAGAACGGAGAGUAAAACUACACUCAAGGCACAAAUAAUAAUUGUGAGAGCCAUAUUGGUAUUUUCUAAUAGAAUGUAACUUAAUAUUCAGAAUGCCUUCGUGUGCACAGUGUAAGAAGAAAAGUGUCAUUUUUUAUUAAUAUACAAACGUGAGUAUUAAUUUUAUUUCUGUUGCUGAGGUAUGC